GCCAAGGGUGUCAUCAUCAUCACAUAGGGGCUUUGCUCUUUAUCUCUGUGAAUUCAUCAUCUCUUCAGAAACUCCAUUUCUUCUUCUUCUUUAGUGUUUGUUGUAUGGCCGCCAAUUUGCAGAGCCGUGGACUCGUGAGCUUGGGGAAGCGAGUUAUCAACCAGAUCAGCUACGCAAGUGUUCGAGCUACUGCUAAUUCACCUUCCCUCUCUGGCAGGAGGGGAGUGCAGACAUCAGUGUACGACAAGAACCCAGAGGAUCAUGUGCGCGAUUCGGUUGUGCCUGAUGAAGUGCUAGAGGCACAAUCAGAAAAGUACUGGGCUCCUCACCCACAAACUGGGGUGUUUGGGCCAGUAGCCACUGAUACUUCUGGCGGAGAAUGUGGCCUCCACUCCUCACCCGCCGCUGCUGCCGCUGCUGAAUCCAUUUUGGAGCAGAAGACCUUCUUUCGCCCUCUUGAGGACUUGGACAAGCCCAUGCUUAACUAAUUCCACGAGUAAAAUUGCUUUAUAACUAUAUAUACUGGGUACAAGUAAAGCUGUUUUGCUUGUGUUACGUUUAUGAGAGUCUCUACUUUAUUAGAGUAAGUUUUAAGGUGCAGUAUAUAGAAUAAUAAGGUAUUAAAGCUGCACUACUUUUGAAAGUUCAUAUGGUAAUGUAAUAUGGGUGUGUUUUGUUACUGCUACGUAACCGCUGGUGAUCUAUGCUAUGAACUUUUUGCUUUCAGAA